GUAGAAAAAGAGAGAGAGAAAGAGAGAAACAUACAGACAUACACACACACACACAUUACAUAUACGUAACGUGUAGUGAUGUGUGUUCGUCCAUAGCCGGUUAAUACCAGCACCGAGCGAGUUGCCUACCUGAUGCCCCCGAGAACGCGAGCUCGAGCAAGUCACGUGGUCUCUUGAACGCGAAGGAUGUUUCUGGGAUCGCGAAGUCAGUACUCGACGGGCCGUCCUCCGAGCUGGAGGGAAAAAGACCGAGGUGAACGAGAAGGUACAAUCUUGCGGAGAUUCCUUGUGGAGGGAGGAAAACUUGAAGAGAGAGAGAAAGAGAGAGGACUUUGAAGAGUAGUAGUAGUAGUAGUAGUAGUAGUAGUAGGGAGGAUAUCUUGCGAAGGAAGCCGCUCGAUCGUCAGAUACCGCAACACUUCUACCGAUAUGCGUUAACCGAGAACGAUACUUUUUCGAAAGUUCUUUUCCUGUGAUUUUUUUUCUCUUUUACUGUUACGUGAAUAUUCUUUCACGAGGAGGAAACUCUAUGAGAUACCUCGUUGGUUUUCAUCGUUUUUCAAGAUACAUUUUUCAACGGAAAUAUUUCUAUCAAAUCGUACAGCGUUAAAAUGGUAAAGAUACAUUCUUUGUGACUUUUUCAAUGAAAUAUUACUUGACGAGAACAAAUUGAUCUAAUCGAUUGAAGAAUUCGUCCGGUGAAAGAAAGGAAUAAUAGGGGAGAGACAACGAGAUUUCGGAAUAAGAGAAAGAAUAGAGAGAAUCAAGAGUGGGAUAUCGAAAGAAAAAGAGAGAGAGAGAGGGGAAACGAAUUAAGAAUACUACUACGCUUCGAAAGAUCUUUGGGCACUCGUGAACCAAACGAAUUGUAUUACUUUCUUUGCCUUUAUUUUCAUUCUAAAAAUACAAUUUCGUAACGUACGAGAAGAAAAGAAGAAGAAAAAAGGAGGAAGAAGAAAGAUAAAAGAAAAAAGAAAUAGAUUGGAAAGGCUAUCGAAUGAUUUCCUGGUAACUAUUUAUAUCGCGUUAAGUCGAUGACGCAUCUCGUAGCACACCGAAGUUACGACGACGUGCUACAACGAGAUUCUCCGUAGAUACGAAGAAGUCCGAGGAUGUAUCCGUUAGAACGAAGAAAACAACGUAGGAGUGUUCUGCUAUAUUGAGAAAGAUUGCUGGAUAUUCUGCAUGCACCGAUGUUUGUUUUAAAGAAAAAGGAAAAAGAAAGGUGCGAUGUAGUUGGGUUGAGAUAAGCCAUAUCUAUUUCUCGUUAUCACGAGAGCAUAGUUGAAUUCUAUUUGAAAGAAUACAAUUUUUAUAUAUUCGACGAUAGUCGAAGUAAGAUGCAGUUAGCAGCAACUCAAAGACCUCAUCCACCACCGGUACCACCUAGACCAAGUCGACAGGUGGUAGCUGAGGCAUUGAAAAGAUCACCUAGACCACCCUGUCCUACUAGACAGGCACCACCACCUCCUAACACCAAACCUUGGAGAUCUGAUCGUGAUCAAAAUGAUCCACAGCAACAGCAACAGCAACAACAACAACAACAACAACAACAGGGAUGUCCAGGUGGACGUACCAUAAUCUACGAAUCCAUUAAGGAAUCUACGAAAGCUGAAAGAAACGAUAUUUCUCCAAUAAGUACCAGCACGGUUCAGCUCACCGACAAGCAUCAGCAACAGCAACAUCAACCGACUCAUGCAUCGAGUGAAAGGAACGACGACAACGACGAUCGUCGUGAAAAUCCGCGAGAAAGACGGCACCGUCAACCUAUCCUCGAGCAAAAUGAUACUUCCACGGAGUCGGUGCUCGUACGAGAAAAAAGAGGAGAAGGAGCAGGAGGAGCCACUAUCGAGGAUCCUCGACCGGAGGGACAACGCCUUGAAAAUCGUGCCGAUCUCAAAGAUUUCAAGGAUCAAACUAAUUCCCCAGGUCGACGAUCACCUGGAAAAACAGAUGGUGACUUAUCCAGCACCAAAGAUAUCAAAACAGUCGAUUUCGAAAUAUUGGAUAAGGAAGAGCAUGCGUCGAUAGGGAUGACAAAAAAUUCUACCAAGUCAAUCGUUUCGUUCGAAGACGAACGUCGUCCAAAUUCUGAAACGAAAAUACUAGGAAGUAAUGAUACAGGAUUCAAAGGACGACCGAGGAUCAGGCCUGACAAAUCCUUGAACAUGGAAAAAACGAUGAGCAAGUUUGAUGGGCGGCCUACGCCCACGCGAAGAUCACCUGCUGGUAACCAACAAUCAACCGUUCUAUCUCGAAAAGACUCUGUUUCUAACGAGAAUCGUAAUAAUAACAAUUAUAGUAAUAAUAAUAAUAACAAUAAUAAUAAUAAUAAUAGUACUCAUAUUAAUAACAAUAAUAAUAAUAAUAAUAAUGACGGUGAUGAUGAUGAACAAAAUGAGAAAGAGUCGAGUGUAACAGACGAGAAACAUGGAACAGUAGUCGUGGUUGACGAAUCCGAACGUAGUAAAGGCACGUACAACGAGGAGGACAACGACAAUAACAUUCAUCGACAGGAUUGGCUCGAGGCCGGUAUCCGUUAUUCCUCCACGCAGAUCACUUUGCAGGGAGACGAAGGUGCCGACGGUCUCCUCUCAUCUUCGUCCGUUGACGUCGAACGCGUUAAUGGAUACGACGAUCGUCCCGAGGACGAACGCACCGUCGACCUUGACUUCGUCAGCAUACAGGAGAGGAUCGCGAUGUCUUCCCUGCAGGGGCUGCCACCGUUGCCGAGGAGCCUCAGUGGAUUCAAUUUGAGUGGAGCUUCUGAGCCACCCCCACCACCUACGAGGUCAUCCAGCAAAUCACAAAGAGGCGGGAAAACGUCGAUUCAAACUUCUACCUCGAGACCUUCUCCACCUGCGAGACAACUUACCACGUUGGAUACUCAACUGGCGAUACUUAGAAGAGAAAUGUUUGGUCUACGACAACUGGAUCUUUCUUUGCUUUCGCAACUUUGGUCUCUGAACGAAUCAAUCCAAGAAUUUCGACAACUCUUGCAGGAACAAGAAGACAGAGCUCCAUCGCCGUCGCCAAGUAGCGAGGAAGGAGAUGAUACUUCGUAUGGGACACAUCCACCACCAGCACCUAGAAGACCAGCACCUGUGGUGCAUCAUCAUCGACCACCUAGGCCACCUAGACCACCAAGGCCACCACCCAGCGACGAAUCACCAUCUAGCGAGGAAUACGGAGCCGUUUGACGGAGGAUACUUCCUAAAAAGACGAAAAGAUCUUCUCCGUUGUGUUCCCCAAACUCUAUAGAGUUCCUGUAAAAGAGAAAAUUUGCAAAGAAAGAAAGAAAGAAAGAAAGAAAGAAAAAACACAAAGAAAGAAAGAAAGA